AUGUCAACAUUGACCGAUCGACUUGGCGAUUCACUAUCACGGUUCAUUGAGAAGCACGACAAGGCGACCAAACUUACCUUGACAGCCGUUGCAGCUUCGGCUCUUACAGCAACUGGUAUUCUAUCAUACCAAGCCACGCGACGCCAUCUCCAAUCGCAUUCAGUACUACAUGGUCCCAGUCGUCGUCGUUCAUCGCUCCAUGCGAGUAUCCCAGCAACAUUGACACUCACCGAGAAACAAAUACAAGAACAGCUUCAUGAAACAACGGCUUUUCUCGGUCAAGAACGCAUGGAUAAGCUGCGUAAUUCUUUUGUUAUCAUUGUUGGUGCUGGUGGUGUCGGCUCAUGGGCAGCACUCAUGCUAUUGCGUGCAGGCGUGGGACGUAUCCGUAUCAUUGAUUUCGAUCAGGUGACCUUGAGCAGCUUGAAUCGACAUGCUGUGGCUGUGUUGGAAGAUGUUGGAACACCCAAAGUAACGGCUAUCAAGAAACAUUUCAAACGCAUUGCCCCAUUUGUCAAUGUCGAGAGUUGCAUUGAUCUUUUCAACGCCGAGACUGCUGAUGCUCUUUUAUCUGGAUCACCUGACUACGUUGUGGAUGCCAUUGACAACAUUGACACCAAACUGGAUUUGAUCAAGUACUGCUACGAUCGCAACAUUACACUCCUAAGCUCCAUGGGUGCUGGUGCCAAAGCCGAUCCAUCACGGAUACAAGUCGCUGAUAUCAGUGAAACACUAGAGGAUCCAUUGGCAAGGAGUGUACGAAGGAAGCUCAAGAAGAUGGGUAUCGAGAAAGGUGUCCCUGUAUUGUACUCUACCGAGAAGCCCCACCAUGUCAAAUUACUGCCUUUGGAGGAGGAUCGUGUUGAAGAGGCCGAUGAUUAUGCAGCAUUACCUGAAUUUCGAUCACGGAUUCUCCCUGUAUUGGGCACUUUACCAAGCAUCUUUGGCAUGACCAUCGCAUCCUAUGUCAUUCUCAAGUUGACUGAUUAUCCCAACUUUGAUCCUCUUGCAAUCAAGCUCAGAGAUGGUUUAUAUAUCCGUAUGCAUCGUGAUCUUCUUUCACGCGAAAGCAAAAAACACAAGAGCAGGACUUGUCCUUUGGAUCCUCACGAUGUGGGUUAUAUCUUUGAAGAAAUGUGGCACGGCAAAAGCAUCAUCUCUGGACCUAAUGAUCGAUUGGCCUUGACUCGGUGGAUAGCAAGUCAACCCUUAUCUUAUUACAACACGGUGUGCAUGACCAGGGAGGAAGUCAAGGCACACGAGAAAUUGCCAGCUGAUGUCAAUCUCAGGGAGCAGUAUGGAGAUGCUGUAUGUGAUGCUGUGGAAGACCGGUUCAACAAGGAACGAAAGCUUCGUGAGCUUUGGGAUGAUGUCUUUUGA